ACACACAUUCACAACAAAAAUCUAUGUUGUGUGUAGAGAGUAGGUAGGCGGUGUUCCUGAAACGUUGCCAUUCCUAUAAAUAGUGGACAACAAAAUCGGAAUUCAUCAAAAUGGAUAGCCAGGGAAGAAAAAUAUUAGUUUGUGAUAACGGUACAGGUUUUGUAAAAUGCGGAUAUGCAGGAAGCAACUUUCCUGCCUUUAUUUUUCCUUCCUUGGUUGGACGACCAAUCAUUCGAUCCACAGCAAAAGUUGGAAACAUCGAGAUAAAGAAGGAUCUAAUGGUUGGAGAUGAAGCUAGUCAGUUGAGAUCUAUGCUUGAAGUGAAAUACCCCAUGGAAAAUGGAAUAGUCCGAAACUGGGAUGACAUGAAACAUGUAUGGGAUUAUACUUUUGGUGAGGAGAAGCUGAAUGUAGACCCCAAAUCAUGUAAAUUGUUACUCACAGAACCACCAAUGAACCCUGCAAAGAAUCGAGAAAAAAUGGUUGAGGUUAUGUUUGAAGAAUACCAAUUUGCAGGCUUGUAUGUUGCCAUCCAGGCUGUCCUGACACUCUAUGCACAAGGUCUUUUGACGGGUGUUGUUAUCGAUUCUGGUGACGGUGUAACUCAUAUCUGUCCUGUCUAUGAAGGGUUUGCUCUACCACAUCUCACAAGGAGGCUGGACAUUGCUGGCAGGGACAUCACAAAAUAUCUCAUUAAGUUGUUGCUUUUGCAAGGAUACGCCUUCAAUCAUUCUGCAGAUUUUGAAACGGUUCGAAUUAUGAAGGAACAAUUGUGUUAUGUUGGGUACAAUAUUGAACAAGAACAGAAACUAGCCAGGGAAACAACAGUUUUGGUUGAAAAUUACACACUUCCAGAUGGACGAGUCAUCAAGGUUGGAGGUCAAAGGUUUGAAGCACCAGAAGCAUUGUUCCAACCCCAUUUAAUCAACAUUGAGGGCGUAGGCAUUUCUGAACUUCUGUUUAACACAAUCCAAGCUGCUGAUAUUGACACACGAUCAGAAUUUUAUAAGCACAUAGUCCUGUCUGGUGGCUCAACUAUGUACCCAGGUCUACCAUCAAGGCUAGAACGAGAGAUCAAACAAUUAUAUCUAGAGCGAGUGCUUAAGGGAGACACUACAAAACUAGCUAAAUUCAAGAUCAAAAUUGAAGAUCCACCACGUCGUAAGCACAUGGUGUUCCUUGGUGGCGCUGUACUAGCUGAUAUCAUGAAAGACAAACAAGACUUCUGGAUAACAAGGGAAGAGUAUCAAGAGAAAGGGCUAAAGUGUUUAGAGGUACACUCAGUAAAAGUAUAAAAAAAACAAAAAAACAGUCUACACUCUAUUUUUUACUUUGAUAAUAUAAUAAUAAAAAAAACUACAGGCUUUUCUUCACCAACCAAAGUAAUCUUUGUCUCCUGUAAAAAGCAAGUCAUGUUUUUUAAGAGUUGGUUUUUUCUUCUUUUUUUUUUUCAGUCUCUUAGAUAAAAUUAUUUUAUACCGAAAAAUAGUUUCUUACAUUAUAUGUUUAGUGGUCACCGUUAGUUGAGCCUCCAGACAAUUGUGUUAUCUCAUAAUUGUCAUAUGGUAGGCUAGUUUUCAAUUAGUAAGCUUUCAAUUUCAAAAUGGAGAGUUAUCCAACCUUGGUGGUCAUGGUACAAAUGGUAAAGUCUUGUCGCGUAAUCUGUUUUGAUUUCUGAGAACGGCGGUGCAUCCGGCAGUGACUAAAAUAUGCUUGUUCCUACUCUUAGAAUGCUGCUACACUGCUAGGCCUGAGCCAGGUCCAGAAAGUGUGACUGAGCUAGGCCUUAUUCUAGCCUUGAUGUACUAGACCUUUGCUUGAUGUUUGGAUCCUAAAAAUUACCGAAACGUAGUACAACUAGGCUAGUAUAUCCUUAUAAUAAAAUGAGUACUUACCUUUUGUAAAAUUUUAAGUAAAUCAUACACUCGAAUGUCUCUUUCGUUUAGAACCAGAACAAUGAGUAAACUAAAAUAUGACACAUUUGCUUUUGGCUUCUAUUUUGACACUUCCAUUGUAUGUGGGGGUUGGCAAAAUGAUGUUGGUUUUAGACUGAACAUUAAUUCAAUCAAAAACCCUUCUGGAAGUCAACAGGACAUAUGCAGUGCUUGUAUUCGCAGAUAUGUUUUUUCGUACCUCUUAUCAUCCUUAUCAUCUACCCUCCUGAAAUUGAAAGUUUGCUAAGCAUUCAGUACUACAUUGUAGUAUGGGUGUAGUUCAGUAGAAAUAUGAAAGAUAAUAUACAGCAAUGAAAGCUAUAUUACUGAACUAUGAUGUGCAAGUCUAUGCUAUCACUAAUUUUGAUAACUUCUGGUUCUAUAUAAAUAACUUCUCAGACACAGAGGGUGAGAAUUGAAUGAUUAGCAUUAUUAAUUCAUUGAUUAUUAAUUUGAGUUGUCAGAAAAUCUAAGAUCUGAUAUUUUUUUUUUCAUUAGUGAAUAUUAUAAACCACUUAAUAAAAUAUGAAUAUUACAGUUAUUACAAUUAUUAUUAUUUCAGAAUAUAUUUCCAUAAAUGGUAUUUUCUUUUUCACAUCAAUAAUAUUUAUUUCAUUACUAAGAAUGAUCGAUAUGAAAAUGUCUAGUUUAUAACUGUCCCCUUUGAAUAUUUUAAAGUACAGGAUCAGUACAGUUUUUAAUAGUGAUUAGCUGAUAUUUUUUUAUAAAGAAAAUAGUAAUAAUACAAAUUCAGGAAUUUAAAUCAAUAAAUAUAUCAGUUAUUGAUUUAAAUUAGUGUUUUUUGUGAUUUAUAUGGUGGAAAAGUUCUGGUGUUGCUUAUGCUGUAUUGCAUACAAAAUAUUAUAUAUCACUGGAUACUAUUCCUCUAAAAUUAAAUAUUAAUUUAAUAGUUCUAUAUUAUUUGUUGUAAAAAAAAUGCCUAGUUAGAUAUUAAAUAAUAAAUCUUAAAUCAAAUUGCCAUGUAUCCCUAGCAAUUUUUUGAGAUACUUUGUCUUUUUUUUAAACAGACAAAUGUCUCAGUAAUUGGUAACUAUUAUUUUUAAUGGUUACAUUUUUUUAGCAUGACCAAAUAUACAUCUUACUCUGGUACAGUAUCAAUAUUGAUCAAUAUAGACCAUUAUUUGCUGAUGGCCUAAUUUUUCUCAAUAUUAACUGAUCUUUGAGUUUCGCUUAUGGUGGUCAGUAGUGUAUUAACCUUUGCCAAGAUUUUGUAAAUUUUAUUUUGAAUGCAGUUUGUAAAUCUGAGUAUAGUUUUGGGGUUUUGCCAUUCCCAAUGUCAAGGGUCAUGUUUUAGAAUCAUGAAAACCAACCUCUCCGUUUUUUGACAUUUGAGGAUUCCAUUAAAAAAGCAGGGGAAUUCUAAGAAAAAUAAUGCUGUUAGAUCGUAACACAAUGGGUAUCAUUUUUUUAAUGAUUGAGAUUGACAACGUUUGCAUGUAGUGUAUAAGAACAAAUUAAAUAUAAAGACGUAAGUAACUUUCGAAA